UUGGGGCAUGGGCUUUGGCCGGCCGCCUGGCUUGGUCUCAGGGACUAACGGCGGCCGCGGAGGAUUCGCCCGGCGGGCUCAUGGGGUGGAGCGGGGGAUGAGAGCUAGCAGAGACGCUGAUACGUCUCCCUAGGAGAGCCUUUAGACUGGGCAGCCGGGUUUUGGAGGGGUACUGGUGUGAGCGAAAGGAGAUCGGAUGUGGGCCGGGCCCCAGUUCGGGCCGCGUCUCAUCUGCUUCAGUCCCUUCUUCGGCCCCACCCUGUCCCAUCUUUUCUUCCUGCAGCACAUUUGCUCAGGAGUCGGUGGAAUGCCUGCUCAUCAGACCUCCCCAUCUCCCUUAUACCUCCAGCUUCCAUGUCCCUUCCCCCUUGGGUCAGCCUAUUUUUGCUGAGGCCUGCCUUAACCUUUUCCCUUCCGUAUAGCACUAAUGAGGACUGUUAUCAGAAUAAAGCCUUACCCUUCACAAAAAGCUCUCUUAGUCCUUCUCUCAACCAUUCUUAACAAAAGACCAGAACCUUGAAAAACUCCGGGAUUUGGAAACAGGGGUCCUCCCCUCUGAAGUUGAAGUGUUAGAGUCUAUCUAUCUGGAUGAACUACAGGUGGUUAAAGGAAAUGGAAGAGACAGAGUCCGAUGCUUACUUCCCCUGCCCCGUGAUUGUCGCACGCUCAUCAUCCGCAGUCUUCAAGCCCCUGCACAGUCACAUCCGAGGUCUCUACUUCAUCCACUGCAGAUCUUUACCAUGGGAGAUCUACAUCACCCUACACCCUGCCACUGCAGAGGACCAGGACUCACAAUAUGUCUGCUUCACCCUGGUGCUUCGGGUCCCAGCACAGUACCCCAAUGAGGUGCCACAGAUCUCUAUCCGGAACCCCCGAGGACUCUCAGAUGAACAGAUCCGCACGAUCUCACAGGUGCUGAGCCAUGUGGCCAAGGCCAGUCUGGGCACUGCCAUGCUCUAUGAACUCAUUGAGAAAGGGAAAGAAAUUCUCACAGAUAACAACAUUCCCCAUGGGCAGUGUGUCAUCUGCCUGUAUGGUUUCCAGAGCCCUGCAUUGUCCUUCCUCCAGGAGAAGGAGGCCUUUACCAAAACUCCCUGUUACCACUACUUCCACUGCCGCUGCCUUGCGCGGUACAUCCAGCACAUGGAGCAAGAGCUGAAGGCUCAAGGAGAGGAGCAGGAACGGCAGCACGCUGCAACCCAAAAGGAGGCAGUUGGUGUGCAAUGUCCAGUGUGCAGAGAGCCCCUUGUGUACGAUCUUGCCACACUGGAAGCAGCCCCUGAACCCCAACAGCCCAUGGAGCUGUACCAGCCUGAUGCAGAGAGCUUGCGCCAGCAAGAAAAGCGCAAACAGCUCUACCAGAGACAGCAGGAGCGGGGGGGCAUCAUUGACCUUGAGGCUGAGCGUAACCGGUACUUCAUUAGCCUCCAGCAGGCUCCUGCCCCUGUGGAACCCAAGUCAGCUGUAGAUGUCUCCAGAGGAUCCCACCCACCCAGUGCCCUUGCUGCAGAACUGUCCACCUCACCAACUGCCCAACACACCCCGUCAACUCUUCUGCCUGCGGACUCCCAACAGACAAGUGAGAAGAUUUCAGGGGCUAGGCCAAAUCAGCAGAGGUUGGGCAAGACCCAGAAAGCUAUGCCAGAUCCCCCCCGGGCCAAUCGAGACUCCUGGCAACCACCCGAACGGCGGUAUCUGAAGGGAGGGGAGUGCUAUGCUUCCAAAAGUACCAGUGACACUCAGGAACUGCCACCUCCUGAGGGGCCCGUCAAGGAGCCCAUGGACCUAAACCAAGGGGCUCAGGGCCCUCCCCAAGAGAAGGGGCCUGGCAACCGGCAGGGCCCCCCACCCCGUAAGACUCGGGAUUGUACUCGCUGGGAGCGUUCCAAAGGUCGGACACCAGGUUCUUCCCACCCCCGCCUGCCUCGGGGCUGGGGAGUCCACAGGCCUGGUAGUCGGAGAGAGCACCUGGGCCUGGAACCUGAAGAUGGUUCCUAGCAGUAUUGUUGGUGGGAGGGGGGCGGGCAGGGAGUUUCAGACGGGAGGGGAGCAAUAAAGAGAUUCGGCUUUUGGCUUUUUCUGCUCAGCAGCGCUCAUUCUGUGUGGUAUGGCGGUCUUCUAAAUUACUAGCAAGACUGGAGUGGAGCAGAGUUGCUCCAAACUGCUCUGAUGGCUAUUCUCCCAAGGGGUUAUGGUCUGUAUAGAGGGGUCCAGCAUCUGAGCUAGUGAGUUUUAGGGAAUGCUAGUGGGGUGUCAACAUGUGAGAAUACUCAGGAACCACCCUGCCACAUAACCCACUGUGUAUUUUCUGUAAGUUAUUGUUAGCUACCAUUGAGUCAAUUCUGACUCAGUGACCCUGUGUACAACAGAAUGAAACACUGCCCAGUCUUGCGCCACAGUUGUUGAGCCCAUUGUUGCAACCGCUGUGUCACUCCAUCUCAUUGAGGGUCUCCCUCUUUUUCACUGACCUUCUAUUUUACCAAGCACGAUGUCCCUCUCCAGGGACUUGUCCCUCCCGAUAACGUGUCCAAAGUAUAUGAGACGAAGUCUCACCGUCCUUGCUUCUAAGGAACAUUCUGGGUGUACUUCUUCCAAGACAGAUUUGUUCAUUCUUCUGCAGUCCAUGGUAUAUUCAGUAUUCUUAGCCAACAUCAUAAUUCAAAGGCAUCAGUUUUUCUUUGGUUUUUCUUAUUCGUUGUUCAGCUUUAUAUACAUAUAAUUUUUAAGGCCAUUAGGGGGAAGAAUGUACUUUCCUGUGUACUACAGUACAUCCUCUCCACUUGGCUAUGCCCCAACUACUUGUUUAUGUCGUCCCUGACCUCUGUUACUAGUUGCUGUUGAAUCAGUUCUGACUCAUGGCAACCCCGUGUGUGCCAAGUAGAAUUGCUCGGUGUGGUUUUCAAGGCUGUGACCUUUUGGAAGCAGAUCCCAGGCCUGUCUUCCAAGACACCUCUGGGUGGGUUCGAACUGCCAACCUUUCAGCUAGUAGUCCAGCACUUAACUGUUGGGUCACCCAGGGACUCCUGCAGGCAUCUGCAAUUGCAGAUCCUGCUUUUUAUUCAAGUACCAAUAUGGUGAGGGAAGAAAGGAGCUCUGAGACAGAGGAGUGUACCAGGUGUUUAUUGGUUUCCGAUAGUUGGAGAGCUGUGCACAGCCCGGUCAUCUCUUCAAAGUCUCAACAUUAUGGAUGGCCCCUGCAGGGUCAUUUUUAUACAGCAUGAAGUAGCCCUGCACCUGGGCAGGACUGAUCUGGGUUGUAGCUUGAAGGACAUGUUCUGCAAAGGCUUCAGCCAACGAAGGUGCUUGCCCUGGGUAGAACCUCUGGAACAUCUGGGUCAGUUGCCAGUGUGAGCAGUAGCCCACGUACUCCUUGAGGUCUACUCGCCCAGGACGUACCAGGGCAGGGUCCAGCCUAAGAGAAGGAGGCAGGAAAAGCAGAGUCAUGAGUACCAGUACUACCAGCAUCCCAAAAGAUGGUUCCCUCUAAACCUCCAGAUCCUUCUAGGGCACUGAGGGGGUAGAGUCUCCUUACCUGUCAACAUGGUUGGUCGUCAUGAACACAAUGCGUGCCUCUGUGGAAGCCACACCAUCCAAGGCAUUGAGCAGUCCGCUAAAGGUGAGACGACCUAGACCUUGGUACUUUACUGGAUCUGGAGGAAGGCAGGGACAAACAAGUAUGAGUAGUCAUAGCCCUAGCUAGUUAAAAUGAGCAUCUCAUUCCAUUCCCCACCAUGUUCCCCUGCUUAUCAGUGCCUCCUGUGGGCUCUUCCAGGUAACGCAGGCAUCCUCAUCAGCGUAUGGAUCUCCACUCCCUUAUAUGAUUCCUCAUUUACUUCUAUACCUCAUUUACCUUCAUUUGGAAACACUCCCCUUCCCCCAGCCCCCUCACUUACCCUCCGCAGCUAAGUCUCGACUGAGAAAAGCAGCAUCCACGUCCUCCAGAAGCACCAGGCUCUGCUGAGGGGCCACGCUCAGCAGGUGGUUGAGCCGGUCAUCAGAGAGGCUGGAGUCUGUGAGACUCAGCAGGCAGAUGCUGUGUUCCAGUUCCCCAGCCAGGG